AUGGUCGUAAUUAACGGGGUCAAAUAUGCCUGUGAAACGUGUAUCAGGGGUCAUAGGGCGGCGCAAUGUACUCACACCGAUGGCCCGUUACAGAUUAUAAGACGCAAGGGAAGGCCAUCGACUACCUGUGGCCAUUGUAAGGAUCUGAGAAGAACAAAGAACUUCAAUCCUUCCGGUGGAUGUAUGUGUGCCUCUACACGACGAGCAGCUACCGGAAGUAAAGAAGAUGAAUCGCGGUGUCGUUGUGAUGAAGGUGAGCCUUGUAGGUGUCAUACGAAGAGGAAAACCAGAAGGAAACAAAAGGGGGGGACAUGCCACGGUAGGGCAAAUCAUGAACCAGCGAACUCCAGCGGUGUUGGGGCUCUAGACUUGGAGGCCUUUUUGGGUCUGACUGGCAACACAUCGUAUGUAGACAUGACAACCACAUUACCUGGUUUGAAUCCGCCUCUGCAAGGCGGUGACACUAAGACCGAUAGCAUUGAUGAUCUAGAGCUGCCUUCUCUCAAUCCGCUUCAAGAAACCCCUAAUUCAUCUUUAAACCCUUCAAGCGCGAAUGAAACUGGAGGUGCAAAUAUAAAUGUAAACACUUCUCUGAAUGAUAUUGAUAUUCCAUUUUCUCUCAAUGAGUUGAACGAGCUAUACAAAGAAGUAUCACCGCACACUUCACAUUCAAAAUAA